AUGCACCGAGCCGAUUACCAACGCGUCCUCGUCACCGAAGCCCGCCGUUUAGGAGCCAGUAUCCAUCUCGGAAAGGAAGUCAUCCAAGUCUCCUGCGAAGCUCCCGCGACUGUCAAUCUGGCCAACGGAGAGAACAUGCAAGCCGACGUGAUAGUUGGCGGGGACGGGCUACGUUCCGCCGCGAGAAGUGCUGUGUUGGGGUAUGUGAAGAAACCCGAAGAAUCCGGAGAUUUGGCGUAUCGAGUCGUUCUUCCCCGACAUGUACUGGAGAACGAAGCGGACGAAUUUAUCAGAGGGAUUGCGGAGGGGAGGACUUCGGCGAUUUGGUGGGGUCCGAAGAUGCAUGUGGUGUUGUACCCGCUUCGGAACGGGGAGUUGGCGAAUUUGGUGUUGGUUUGUCCAGACAAUCUCCCAGGAAAUGUAUCUCGCCAAUCUGGAGACCUCGCGGAAAUGAAGGAGAUUUUCCAAGAUUGGGAUCCGAGACUACAAGUUCUGCUCGGGAAGGUGGAUAGUGCAUUGAAAUGGAAGAUUUGGAAGAUGGAGGAGUUGGACACUUGGGUGCGGGGGUCCGUCGCCCUUCUCGGCGACUCCUGCCAUCCUAGCGUGCCCUACGCAGCGAGCGGAGCGGCCAUGGCCGUGGAAGAUGGAAUUGUUCUGGGAAGACUUGUGGGUCUAUUUUGCCGAUGCGGGGAGGCCAAGUCAUCGAUCCCCAAACUUUUGCAGCUUUACCAGCAUGUCAGGAAGGAGCGAGCGACGAAGGUGGUGAAUUUGGCGAGCAGUAAUCGGGAUCUGUACCACAUGCUCGAUGGCGAGGWGCAGGAACGGCGGGAUCGCGCCUUUGCCGAACAUGAUUGGAGAGAUGCGGAGCGGCCRUUUCCUUGGGCGUAUGCCGAUUAUCGGUUUUGCCAGAACAUGUAUGGCUUUGAUGCUUUGGAGAGCGCGGAUGAGGGAUUUGGGAAGAGCAGCUUCUCGGAUACCUUACAUACCAUGGCUAGUGGGACCUAA